AUGCCCACCGCCGAACCGCAGCCGCCACCCUUCCAAACGGCGCUCCUGGCCGGCGCGCUGGCCGGCACGACGGUCGACCUCUCGCUCUUCCCGCUCGACACGCUCAAGACGCGGCUGCAGUCCUCGCAGGGCUUCUUCGCCGCCGGCGGCUUCCGCGGCAUCUACCGCGGCGUGGGCUCGGCGCUGGUCGGCUCGGCCCCCGGCGCCGCCUUCUUCUUCUGCACCUACGAAGCGACCAAGUCGUUCCUCUCCUCCACCACCUUCCCUUCCUCCUCCUCCGCCGCCGCCGGCACCAUCCUCCCGUCCCUCUCCUCCUCCACCCCGCAGUCCCGCGCAGCCGAGCACAUGCUCGCCGCGUCGCUGGGCGAGAUCGCCGCGUGCGCCGUGCGCGUGCCGACCGAGGUGGUCAAGCAGCGCGCGCAGGCGGGCCAGCACGGGGGCUCGUCGUGGGCCGCGCUGCGGCACAUUCUGGAGCAGCGGCGGCAGGCCGGGGUCGGGCUGAUAGGUGUGGCCCGCGAGCUGUACCGCGGCUGGGGCAUCACGGUGAUGCGCGAGGUGCCCUUCACCGUGCUGCAGUUCCCGCUGUGGGAGGCGCUCAAGGCGUGGGGCCGCGAGCGGCGCGCGCGCACCGGCAGGGGCAUGUUUGGGGAUGUGGGCGCCGCCGAGUCGGCGCUGUACGGCAGCAUCUCGGGCGGGGUGGCGGCUGCUGUGACAACGCCGCUGGAUGUGCUCAAGACCAGGGUCAUGCUCAGCGCGCGGCGGGAGAGCAUGGCGAGCAUCGUGCGGACAAUCCUGAAGGAGAACGGGAUCCGGCCCUUUUUUGCGGGCAUCGGGCCGCGGGUCAUGUGGAUCAGCGCGGGCGGCGCGAUCUUCCUCGGGAGCUACCAGUGGGCGGUCAAUGCCCUGGAGAAGCAGAGGAUACCAGCAUGA